CUCUGACUGUCCGAGAUACAAAAAUUGGAACGGGCAAGAUUUGGAACAGAAAAUUAAUGAUAACGCUUUUAAACAUCAGAUUUGUUUUAUUUUAAAGAUAUUUGGCACUUCAAGUUCUGAUCUUUCUCAGUGGAUGUGUUCUUGAGAAAAACCAAAGGAUGGCUGGAAAACAACUUAUGAGGGCAGUAAGAGUGGCUCAGUUCGGAGGUCCAGAAGUCUUGAAAGUGGAAACAAAUGUACCAGUUCCUGUACCUACACAGUCACAGGUGCUUGUGGAAGUGAAGGCUGCUGGAAUAAAUCCUGUGGACACAUACAUAAGGUCUGGCACCUAUGCUAUUAAACCGCCGCUGCCUUUUACACCAGGUUCGGAUGUGGCUGGUAUCGUGAAAGACGUAGGAGCAAAUGUUACAAAGUUUAAGCCCGGAGAGCGCGUGUACGUAUCCCGGAAGGUUUAUGUAAGUGGAGGGUACGCUGAAUUCAGUACCGCAGAUGAAACAGACAUUGGUCAUUUGGCCGAGAAUGCCACUUUCCAACAAGGGGCUGGCAUAGGCAUUCCCUGCUUCACAGCCUUCAAAGCCCUCUGCUUCUUAGGAAGGGAGAAAGUUAAGCCAGGAAACAGUGUACUCAUUCAUGGUGCUAGUGGAGCUGUUGGCCUAGCAUGUGUUCAGAUCGCAGUUUCCAGGGGUCUUAAAGUAUAUGGUACAGCAGGGACACAGGAAGGUAUUGAUCUGGUGCUCAAACAAGGGGCCACUGCUGUGUUCAAUCAUAGAGAGGAAGGAUAUGCAGAUAAAAUAGUGGAAGCUACUGGAGGUGUAGGACCUGACCUUAUAGUAGAAAUGUUAGCAAAUGUUAACUUGGAGACUGACCUGAAAAUAAUCAACCGACGGGGCUUAAUAGUGGUUGUGGGUAAUCGUGGAUCAAUAGAAAUAAACCCCAGACUUGCCAUGCAGAAAGAAUCUCUGGUAACAGGAAUGAUUCUAAUGAAUGCAACACCGGAAGAAUGGGCAGAAAUGCAUGCUGAAAUAUCAGAGGGUUUGAAGGCAGGAUGGCUGGCUCCUCACAUCUGUAAGGAAUAUAAGCUAGAGGAGGCACCAGUUGCUCAUGAUGAAGUUAUUAAUAACCAAGGAACAUUGGGAAAACGAGUUUUUGUUUUAUAAAAAAAAUGCAGUUUGUUUGACAAUGUUUGAUAUGGCAGUGACAAUCUUGUGUUUGUCGUUUACUACAGGAGACAACCAUUUUAUUCAAGAUCAUUGUAUUCCAGGCUGUUGGUACAAAUUUUCUUUGCAUUUAUCUCUCCUUACAUUGUCAAAAAUUUGACCAUUUUUUAUGCUCCCCGAAGGGGGAUCAUAUAGUUGCUGCUUCGUCAGUCCUUCCGUCCGUCUGUCACACUUGUCCGGAGUAUAACUUGAACAGUGUUAAUGGCAUUUGAUUGAAACUUCACAUAAUCAUAGAGGCCAUUGAGACAAAGUGAAUAUCAAAGAACCUUAACUUUAUUUUACCUAGUUUCUGAAUUAUCUCCCUUUACUAUACAAAAUAAGGCUUGUCUAGAGCAAUACUUGAAAAGUGUUAAUGGCAUUUCAUUGAAACUUCACAAAAUGAUAGAGGCCAUUGUCGGGAAGUGCAGUGUUAAAGAACCAUAACUUAACCUUACCUUGUUUUUAGCUUGACUAUUCGAAGAAUAGUCUAGCUAUUCUACUCACCCUGGUGUCGCCCUCGCCGUCACACCUUGGUUAAGUUUUUGCAUGCAAGUACAUACAGCUAUCAUUUAAAGGCAUAUAGCUUUCAAACUUAUUUUUUCUUUUUCUAGGUCAAUUACCAACCUCACUGGGUCAAGUUCCAUAACUCUGACAUGUAUUUUGAGCAAAUUAUGCCCCCUUUUGGACUUGGAAAAUUCUGGUUAAAGUUUUACAUACAGAUAUUGAAUUGAAACUUCACGUGUCUUCAGGGUUAUAAAACUAGUUGAUAGCACCAAGUCCCAUAACUCGGACCUUCAUUUUGGCCAAAUUAUGCCCCCUUUUGGACUUAGAAAAUUCUGGUUAAAGUUUUGCAUGCAAGUACAUACAGCUAUUAUUUAAAGGCAUAUAGCUUUGAAACUUCUUUUUUCUUUUUCUGGAUCAAUUACCAAUCUCACUGGGUCAAGUCUCAUAACUCUGACAUGUAUUUUGGGCAAAUUAUGUCCACUUUUGGACUUAGAAAAUCCUGGUUAAAGUUUUACAUGCAAGUUACUAUCUCCAAAACUAAUGCAGAUAUUGUAUUGAAACUUCACAUGUGUCUUCGGGGUUAUAAAACUAGUUGAUAGCACCAAGUCCCAUAACUCUGACCUGCAUUUUAGCAAAAUUAUGCCCCCUUUUGAACUUAGAAAAUCCUGGUUAAAGUUUUGCGUGCAAGUACAUACAGCUAUUACUUAAAGGCAUAUAGUUUUGAAACUUACUUUUUCAUUUUCUAUAUCAAUUACCAACCUCACUGGGUCAAGUCCCAUAACUCUGACAUGUAUUUUGGGCAUAUUAUGCCCUCUUUUGGACUUAGAAAAUUCUGGUUAAAGUUUUACAUGCAAGUUACUAUCUCCAAAACUAAUGCAGAUAUUGAAUUGAAACUUUACAUGUGCCUUCCAGUUACAAAACUAGUCCCAUAACUCUGAUACGCAUUUUGGUCAAAUUAUGCCCCUUUUGAACUUAAAACUCUUGAUAUUUUAACAUUUUGGGUAAUAUUUUCCUGCUUUUGGGACAAUAUUUCGAAUAGUUGAGGUUGGCUGUCUUAUGGACAGCUCUUGUUGAAUUAUCUCACUUUAUUAUACAAAAUAAGGCUUGACGGAGCAUUACUUGAAAAGUAUUAAUGGCAUUUAAUUGAAAAUUCACAAAAUGAUAGAGGCUAAAAUUACACUUAAUGCUUUAAUUAUCUCCCUUUAUUCAAUUUUCUUCUUUUUUUAUCUCCAUUUUUUGUUUGUUUCUAAUAUGUUACAUGUAUAUUGGGACAAGUACCUGCAUCGGGGAGCAUCAUUCAGUUUUACCAAUUCCUUGUUUAUUGGUUGAUUGAAGAUUUCUGUUAUCAUACUUGUUAGCAUAUUUUGCAGUGAACUAUGUCUAAUGUAGAGGAUAACAUGAAAUGAAUUAAAUUUCAUCACAUAUAAUGUUUGUGAAAGUAAGGGGCGGUAAUUGCUGCAGGGAAAUUGUGUUGUUACAUGUGAUUUUAAUUGUCCUUUGCACUGUGGAUGUGGACAGCUCUGCUUUUAUGCCAAUGUUAUUGCCGUUAAACUCUAGGUGGGAAUUCUUUACUUUUUUGUUAUUGUGUGUGGGUAUUAAACAUGAUAAGGUUUGUGGGCAUUUCGCUAUUGUUAUUAUGUGUUCAGUUGAAGGUACAUUUACUGUGAGUUUAAAAUAAAUAUGCAUUCAAAAAGAAUUUAUUUUGCUGUGCAGAUUGUUACUUGCUUUAAACUGUAUAUAUAUGUUUAUGUUGUUUUCUACAAGUCAAGUUUUGGUUGAAGGAAAUAGAUAUGAGCCGUGCCAUGAGAAAACCAACAUAGUGGCUUUGCGACCAGCAUGGAUCCAGACCAGCCUGCGCAUCCGCGCAGUCUGGUCAGGAUCCAUGCUGUUCGCUUUCAAAGCCUAUUGCUAUUAGAGAAACUGUUAGCGAACAGCAUGGAUCCUGACCAGACUGCGCGGAUGCGCAGGCUGGUCUGGAUCCAUGCUGGUCGCAAAGCCACUAUGUUGAUUUUCUCAUGGUGCGGCUCAUAUAUUAGAUGAUAUUUUACUGUCAUCACAUUUGCAACAUGCGCUAAAGAUUGACAGAGAUAGCAUAAAUGCACAUGGAAGUCCUAUACAUGUAUACUGUGAAAUCAUUAAUAUUUUAGAGGACUAAUUUUCAUUGAUAUCAUAGCUACAUUAUACAUCAAUCCGUAAAACGAAGUCCACACAAACAAACAAAAUUUCCAUUAAUUUAAUUGUCAAAAAAAUGAAAUCCGUCAAUUUGUCCAAAGCCAAAAGAAUUUCUUGACCACAAAAUUAAAAUAUUUCAUGUAUUCAGAGAGGCUUGAUCUGUUCUUCCCUCACUCAAAAGUUGUUGAAAUAAAGCCUUUGAUGCAGUGUUCUUAUGAGUUGUUUAAAGUACCACUUUGAAAAGCAUACAAGUUAAGCAUCAUAUCGAUGUUUUAAAUCGUGUUUGUAUUUCUUCCAGAGAAUUAUUUUUUUUUUCAAAUUCUGUAAAUGAAGAUAGAUAUUCAAACUUACGACAGAACAGUGAAUGCAAAGCUUUUAAAGUUAUGGAGGAUAUUUAAAUGUCGCUUAGCAAACUUUUUUGAUUGAUGCUCAAUAUAGGAGAUAGUUUUGCAUGCUGUUGGCAUUUAACAAUGUUAUAGGGUUGAAUAUAUUUUGGUGAAGUUAUUUCAAUGUAAAUGUACAGUUUUUGCUAUUCAGUUGUUACAUUAACAGUCAUUUCUAUCUUUAGAUUAUUAAGAAUUUGAAUAAUUAAAGGAUGGUUCUAUAUUUAUAAUGCUAUUAGAAUUACUAUUUGUUAACUGUAUUUAAAAUGAGUGAGUUUUGGAUUAAUUAAUCGGUAUAAAUUAAAAGAGUAAGAAUACAAGAGACUUUUGGAAAAUUUAUAAGAUGAAGGAAGUAUAUAUUUUUGUAUAAGUAAUCUUAGACUAGUACAAAUCAUUUAUUGCCCCAUGUGGUUCUGGGACGAUCUGUGUAUGAAAAGAAUUGGAAUCACUGCCAUACCCAGCAUGACCGUGAGAGGAGUCUAAUAAGGUCUUAACACUUGGUUUUGCAGUAACUCUGUGAUUCCAGCAGGUAUGCAGAUUAUGAUUCCAUACCUCAUGUUUUUAUUUCGAUGUAAAUGAGAUGUGGAACCAAAAUUUGUAGUCCUGUUUGGCGCAAAUAACCUAUACUGUGUUGGUGCGCUGUUAAACCCAAAUAAAUAAAGCCGUCGCUUAGCUCAGUAGGUAGAGCGUUGGUCUACGGAUCGCGGCGUCGAGAGUUCGAUCCUCGGGCGGGCCGUAUGUUCUCCGUGACUAUUUGAUAAACAACAUUAUGUCUGCAAUCAUUAGUCCUCCACCUCUGAUAAUUCAUGCUGGGUAGCUGGCAGUUACUUGCGGAGAACAGGCUUGUACUGGUACAGAAUCCAGGAAUACUGGUUAGGUUAACUUCCCGCCGUUAUGACUGAACUACUGUUGAAAAACGGCGUUAAACACAAACAAACAAACAAACCAAAUAAAUAAAUAAAUAAAUAAAAUCAUUUAUUAAUUUUAGGUCUAAUUAUAGGAACCAACUUUUUCUGUUUAUUAUGCAUUUUUUUUAAAGAAAAUGUGUUCCAUUUGUAAAGCCCUUUUUUGAUGGGGACAAUGCUGGUAUUGUUUACAUUCAUGUCACUUCUGUGAUUCUAUAUAAAGAAAUAACUUUGUUAGCCAGAAGAAUUUGCAAAAUAUGUAAUCGAAAUAUAGUGCAUUUGCCUUGAUAAGUGCCCUUGGCCGAAACAUUGUGACAGUCGCAGAAAGUAUGAUGAAAUAGUUUUAAACAAUUGUUUUCAGCUAUUGAAUGUUAUUUUAGAUGUGAUCUUUCUGUCACAUCAAGAGUUGUUACAGUAGUAGAAACAUAAAUAAAAAACAUCAAUGAAAAGAUAAGUUGUCAAGCUGACAGCAUACUUAAUAUCUACAUUAGUGCAGUAGUCUCUGAGGGACUGUCGUGUGGGGUAUAUGUAUUUUAAAAACCGCUUUUGUUUAAUUUUUGCUGAUAAGUUAUGAUUGCAACCAAUGUCUGAUACAAACUUGGUAGUUUCCUUAACUUUGUGCCAAAGAACGAAACUUGUAUUACAGAACGUCUUUGUGAUAUUGCUGGAUAUUGCAUAUCAAUUCACCUUUCUGUUUAAAUAGGGCGUUACAGGGAGGCACAUGCUUUUUCUAAAAACAGUUUCUAGUAUUUUAAACGAGAAAUAUUAAAUACAUUAGUAUUUUGCACAUUGAACACUAUUACAAAUAUAUUUUUCCAGAAAAAUGUUUGCCAUUAUUGAAAUAUAUGACAAAAACAUA